GCGCAGCUGUCCUCCGAGAUCACGGAGCGCCAGACGGAGUACUUGCAGCUCGGCGUGCAGCUGGAGUCGCUGCGACUGGAGCAUAGCAACGCGACCCAGGCGUUCAAGCAGGACCUCGUCACUUACAGCAUGGCAGUCGAGGCCCUGGACCGCGCCAUCGAGCUCUUGGAACAGGAGACGGGGGCGGCGGCCGCCCUGGUCAGCCUGCGGCACCUCGCCGCCUCGGGGCGGCGAGGCGGCAGUGCGGCCAGGCGGAUCGGCCGUGCGCUCGGCCUCGCGGGCGCGGCGCCCACCUGGGACACGUCGGUGCUCCGCCGACCGCGGCGGCGUCGACUCCACGCCGUUCUCCUCGCAGAGCGGCGGCGUGGUGGGGGUGCUCGAGGGCCUCAGGACGGACUUCAAGGCCAGCAAGGAAGAGCUGGUCGCUGCGGAGCAGACCCGGAUGGAGACAUUCUCCAGCGAGGAGGCGCUACUCGAGGCUCAGAUGAAGACCAGCGCCACCUCGGAGACGGAGCAGAAGGGCACGCUGGCGGAGAAGGAGGUCGACUACUUGAGCAAGCAGCAGCAGCUCGAGACGAGUUCCGCCGACCUCAAGAGCACUGAGGCGUACCUCGCCGGCAUAGUCGCGGAGUGCCAGCAGCGCGAGGCCGCGUACGCGGAGAUGAACAAGCUCCGAGAGGACGAGAUCGAGGCCCUCGGCAAGGCCGUGGCCCUGAUCUCGGAGGUCGCCGGUGAGGCGCUGCCGGUGGCGCUGCUGCACCUGCCGCCCGCAGGCGCCGCGGGCCAUGGAGGCCGCAUCGGCGCGGCGGCUGGCGCUGCCGAAGCGCGCCUGGUUGUAGGCAGGGCCCGCACGCUGCUGGCGCAGGCGGCCGGCCGGCUGCACAGCGCGUCCCUGGGGGGCCUCGUGAGGCAGCUCGGGGCGCUCGGCGGCUCGGCCGCGGCGGGUGCGCGGGGGGCCGCGGGGCGCGCGGACGACCCUCUCGCGAAGGUGAAGACGAUGAUAGCGGAGCUCAUCGAGAAGCUCCGACUGGAGGCCAACGAGGAGGCCUCGCACAAGGCCUGGUGCGACGGUGAGCUGGAGAAGGCCACGGCCGCGCAGGGGUCGGCGCAGGCGGACGUCCUGAAGCACUCCGCCAAGGUGCAGCAGCUGGAGAGCAGCAUCGCCUCGCUGGAAGUCGAGGUGUCCGGGCUCAACGCGACGCUGCUUACCGCUCAGACCGACCGCAAUGCCAGCGUGCAGCAGCACGCCUCCAGCCUUGCUCAGAUCGAGUCCUCGAUCCAGGACGCGGAAGCGUCGGCCGCGGCCACGCUGGCAGCAGCCGCGAUCCUGCGAGAGUAUAUGGCCAACGUGUCGAAGGCGCUGGGGCUCGGUCAGCGCCGCACGUCGCUGAGCCCUGGGCGCCCAGGGCGCCGCGUGGCAAGGCUCGGGCGGCCGCGGCGGACGCAGGGGGGACCAGCGCAGAGCCUGCUGGGGCGGCGCGCCGCGGCGAACGCCAGCGGCCAGCGCCACGUUGCCGCCCAGGCUCCACUGCUGGUUCCCGAGAGCACGGUCGCGGGGACGCAGUCGGGCGGUAUCGGCAUGGUGGUCUCGAUGCUGGAGGCAGUCCACGAGGGCUAUGUGCACGCGGAGGAGGAGGCGGAGAAGGAGAGGGCGGCAGCCAUUCAGCUGCACAACCAGACCCUAUUGGAGAUCGACGUGAUGAUCGCGUCCGUCGAAAAGGACAUGCAGUACAAGGCGGAGGAGAAGGCGCGCUACGAGGUCGAGCUGCCGCUGGCGAACCAGAGCCUGAACGCCUCUUCGCAGGAGCUCGUGGACGCCAACGCCGUCUACGAGCAGCUGAAGCCCCCCUGCCUGAACACGGAGACGCGCGAGGAGAGGCUUGCGAAGAAGCAGGCCGAGAUCGACGCCCUCAAGGAGUCGCUGACCAUGAUGGAGGAGCUCCAGCAGGGACUUUGGCGCCCUGGGCGCCAGCCUCCUGCAGCCCGCCGCGCCGGCUCGGCGGCCGCCGCGGCGCCCGCCGCGAGGAGGACGAAGGACGACGAGCUGCUGGCACAGAUCUCCGGGUUCCUGCGGGAGAUAAAGGCCGAGGUGGUAGCGGACAUGGCGGACGACGAGCAGAUCUAUUUGGCCGCGCACAGCUGGUGCCAGGCGAGUGUGCCAGAGAAACAGUCCAUCCUCGCCAUGGAGCUCGCACACGACGAGUCGCUGGUAAACGCGAUCGAGGUGAGCACGCAGCAGGUCCAGCAGCUGACGGUGAAGCUGCAGCAGCUGGAGACCGACCUCGCCACGGAGCAGGCGGGGCUGCAGCAGCAGGCCUCCAUCAGGCAGGAUGAGCUGGAGCACUUCCAGGCGAGCGAGAAGGAGAUGCUCCAGUGCAUCAGCGCCCUGGACAGUGCGCUCGUGGUGCUGUCCAAGCACUACAACGCAUCCGAGGCCCAGGGCUUCAACGCCACGGAGGAGCAGAGGCUCCUCGAGGCCGAGAAGGAGAAGAUCUACGCCGAGGCGGGGGUCAACGCCUCCAGCGCCCCAACUCCAGCCUGCUGCUCGUGGCCGGCCUCGUCCGGAGGGCGCUGCAGUCGGCGCCGGGCGCUGCUGCGCCAGCGCCGCUGCGGGGCGCCGGUGCUGCCGGCCAGGCAGUGCUGCCUGACCCGAUGCACGUCCUCCGCCUGGGCCUCGGCGCAGCCGUCCAGCCGAGCCUUGCGCAGGCCGCGGCGGCGGUGCUCUCGGGCCGCCGGGGCGCGGCCGCCGGCAGCCCGGAGGGCGCCUCCAUCUUCGGCAUCCUGCAGCAGCUGCUGCAGAGCUUCCGGGCGGACCUCCAGGCGGCCCAGGCGCAGGAGGACCAGCGCAAGACGGACUUUGUGGAGCUCCAGGAGACGAAGCUGGGCCAGGUGGAGGCGGUCCAGGCCAGCAUCACCAGCAAGCGGCAGCAGCUGGCCCACUACACCAAGGUGCACGCAGAAGCGAAGGAGGACCUCUCGUACGUGCGGGCCUCGUACUCUGCGGAUCUGA